AUGUCAUCGCCUGUAGAUGAGCGCAAGACCCUGCAUCUAGAACCCAAGGAUAAGCACCGAGACGACGACGUUUCUCCCACCUCCGACGAUGGUACCUACGUGACCGAACCCGAAACGCGCCGUGAAGCGACCCAUUUGAAGGUUGACACCAGCUACGAGGUCGCCGAGCGCGUGGUGUCGCGAUCGACUCAUGACGGCGAUGGCGACGGCAACGGCAACGGCGACGAACACGAUAAGAACUCCAUCAAUCGCGCUCGCUCGCGUCGCUCGGAGCAAGUGGAUGAGUUCGACGAGGCAACCAACCCACUGCAUGAAAAGGCCGCGAUCUACAAGCCUCCUGAGUCGCCAAAUACCAAGAUUGCCGUCUUUGUGAAGCGGCUGCACCAGUCCAGUUUCCUCGUGCGCUACUUAACCUAUAUCGUCCCUGUUGUUCUGAUUAUCUUGAUUCCCCUGCUGGUCGGUGCUCUCGAGUUUCCCAACGCGAGUGUUGGUGGUGUACAAUUGAUGUGGUUCUCCAUCUGGUUGGAAAUUGUCUGGUUGACUCUCUGGGCCGGUCGGCUCGUGGGUAAGUGUUUGCCUAUUUUGGUCGGUGUUCUUGCCAGUAUUUUCACCAACAACGCAAAGAAAUGGCGGGACAUGGCCAAGCAGUUGGAGCUUCACGCAGCCUUGUUCUUCUGGUGGCUCGGCGUGGAGAUCUCUUUCUUGCCCACCAUGAAGAACCACCACGUUGAUGGCGACAAGAAUACGAGAGGCUGGGAGAACACUCUCAACAAGAUUAUCAUCGUCAUCUUCGUCUGGACCAUCCUCAAUUUUAUUGAGAAAAUCCUUAUCCAGCUGAUCGCCAUCAGCUUCCAUCUUCGCACCUAUGCCGACCGCAUUGAGAUUAACAAAUUUCAGAUUGGUAGUCUCACGAAGCUCUACGAGUUCUCUCGCGGAACCUUGCCAGAUAAGAAUGACGAAUUCGAGGAGAAGAAAGAAGAUGUCGGUGGGCCAGGCACCAAGACUCCCCUACACUAUGCUGGAAAAGCGCAGCGCAAGGCCGUUGGCGCUCUCAACAAGGUUGGAAACAAGGUUGGCGACGUCGCUGGCGCUGUCGUGGCCGAUGUCACUGGUCGCACGACCACUCGCAGCACCGACGCCUAUCAAGUUAUCCUAACUCUUUUGCGAACCACUUCUGGCUGCCAGGUUAUGGCCCGUCGUUUGUACCGCACCUUUGUCAGGGAUGGCUUCGAAACCGUGUUUGGUGGUGAUCUUAAAGCUGCCUUCGAUGACGGCGAGGAAGCCGAGGCUGCGUUUUCCAUGUUUGAUCGUGACAUGAAUGGUGAUAUUUCCAUGGAAGAAUUGGAAGCCGUCUGCGUGGAUAUUGGUCGCGAGCGCAAGUCUAUCACCGCAUCGCUGAAGGAUUUAGACUCUGUCGUGUCGAAGUUGGAUGAUGUCUUCAUGUUCUUUGUCAUUGUCAUUGUUGUCAUCGUGUUCUUGUCUCUCAUUUCAACCUCGGCCUCUGGCGUCCUGACCUCUGCCGGUUCAUCGAUCCUUGCCCUGUCCUGGCUGUUCUCUGCCACAGCGCAGGAGUUCCUCCAGUCGGUCAUUUUCGUCUUCGUCAAGCACCCCUUUGAUGUCGGCGACCGUGUGACUAUCUACGGUAACGCUGGUGAUGCUGGUCUUGGUGAUGACUACUUCGUCAAGGAAAUCACUUUGCUUUACACCGAGUUCAAGAAGAUGCAAGGACAUGUGGUCCAGGCACCUAACAGCUACCUCAAUGGACUCUUCAUUCUAAACCAACGUCGCUCCGGUGCACUAGCUGAGGCUGUUCCCAUCGUCAUCAAAUAUGGCACAACCAUCGAUCAACUCGACACCUUCCGUCAGCGACUUCUUGAGUUUGUUCGCAGCGAGAAGCGUGACUUCCAGAGCAACAUUCUCACUGAAAUGCGUGCUGUUACCGAGAACUUCUCCCUUACGCUCAACGUGGUUUUCUUCUACAAAUCCAAUUGGCAGAAUGAGGGUCUCCGUUUGCAGCGUCGCAACAAGUUCAUCUGUAUGAUGAUGCUUGCAUUGCAGGAAAUUGGCAUCGAGGGCCCACGUAUGAACCUCCAGGGUGCCAAGUUCGACAUUCCCUUCCACGUCAACUAUGGCAACCCACGCAACGCUGGUACUCGUGGCAAUCUUCCCGACGAGCCCACCGAAGCCGAGGAGAUUCUAUCCGAGACUCAACAUCUUCCCGAAAACACCGGCACCAGCAGCAGUAGUGCCGCCCGCCAUCCAUCUAUUCUUCGCAAGGGCAUGAACACUGCCACUGCUCGUGCCCGCGGUCCAUCCAUUUCGCAGCGCAAGCACGUCGAUUUCUCCUUGGGUAUGUCUAACAUGGCUUCCAACGAUAUCAUGGGCGAUGUGUUUGAGGAUCGUGGUGCGCGUGUCGACGAUAUUGUUCGCAAUGCCAACCGCGAUGCCACCGAGCGCCGUAUGCAAGAAGUGACCGAAGAAGAGGAGGAACGUCGGAGUCGGACUUCUUCUUCCCGCCAUCGUCGCCCCUCGAAUUUGAGUGCUCCUAGCAACGAGGAAAGUCGCCGGUCGACUGACGCUCAUAGCUUCCGCAGUGGUCACUCUUCACUCAGCCGUAACCGCUUCUUCCAUCAUCGCAGCAAUCUCAGUGAAGAUCGUGAUGAUCUCAUGGAACAAGGUCGCUCUGAUCUGCCCCCUCCUCCUCCUGCCGCCGUCUCUGGUACCAAGGAGCAUCCAAACUGA